AUGAGCUCUGCUACGCCACGCACAUCCCUUCGAGAGGGCUUACGGCAAGCUCCAAAAGCCAACCAGCCUUUUAUCCCGGACACUGCGCCCGUCAGACGCUCACACGUGCACGCACAUCACACAUCCCCGCAACCAGUAUCAAUGUCUCAUACGCAUACGAACUCUGUCGCCUCGAACAGUCCCCAUCCAACUGUCGAGAGUUGGGAAGGGAGGGAGCAGAAAGUUCCAAUGUCCACACGCGAGGUAGCGACUCCUGGAAACAGGCCAGGGCUCUUUAUUGGCCUUCAUGACAGAGGAAAGACGGCGAAGCAACCCGACUUUUACGAUCCCUACUUUCCCCUCAGAUACCUGGAGGUACCCAAGUCGGACCAUAUAUAUAAACGGGCCCAUUAUGGCCUUCAAUCUGGUAUUUCAGAUGAGGUUGAUUUCGCGUUGUAUCACCUUGUGCAAAUCUCCAACCAAAGGUGGGAUAAAUUCAAAUUUGAGGGUUUCCCACUACUUGCAGAGACUUUGAUGGAGAGAGCUAUAGAUGUAUCCAUCCUUUGCACUGGCGUGAAAUGGGAGCUUCAGUAUGAUUUUCGACAGCCCACCGACCGUGUCAAUGUGUUGAACGCGCUACAUGGCACUCGAGAUAUCUUGGAGAAAAUCAAACAGAUUCCUGUAACCUUACCAGACGAUACCCUCGAGACUUAUGAGUUCAACCACCGUCUUCGAAACGUCAAAGAGGCCACACUAGUUCUUCGGAACAUGGUUUUGUUGAAGGAGAAUGCUUUCUACGUAUCGCGUUACGCCAAAGGACUACUAAGGGACUUCUUGAUCAUUCUGAUUAACCUCCCUAGCCAGCCCCGCCUUAAUGAAAUCAAGAAUGACGCCUUAGAUAUUGCAGAGGAAGUUACGAAGUUUAUGAGGACUGAUCCGGAAGACCCACUUUGGAUCUCCUUGCUCAACUGUUUAGAGUCGUCAGAUCGUGCCCACGUCAUUCGCGCUCUUUGGGCUCUUACCCAUUUCUCAACGGAAUUGGACGAUCAGGAGGCAAAUAGAGCCAUGGAACGCGUACCAAAAGAGACGCUACAGCAGCUGUACUUCCACACGCUGCUUGACCAGGAUAGAGAUAUCCUGAGCGGCGCGCUGGACUUCUGGUAUCAAUAUACGCUGUCUCGGGAGAACAUCGAGAAUUUGAUUGAUGUUUUCAACCUGCCCAUCGUUUUUGCACCUCGGAUGAUCGCGUUAUUGACGCACGACGCCCGGCCUAGCAAGAAGGAAACAGUGUUGCAAGAGGAGAAAGUGGCACCGCCUCCCUCGGAAAUCCCCCGUGUCCCUCCAGAGCUUCUAAAAGAUCUAAUGGAACUAUCCGAACCAGAGCGCAGCUCUCGGUGGCUACGUUGUUGCUUUGUCGAAGACUCUGACUGCGAGAUCACUCAGAUCGCCCUCUGGCAAGCAUACCAAAGCCGAUUUGCAGACCCUCGGGUCCCUGGCGGAGGUGUUCUACCAGCGGCAGAAUUCAUUAAGAAUGUCAGCACAACAUUCACUAACGCACAGGCACAGGUUAUCAAUGGGCCCGGUGCAACUACCAGGUUCAUUAUCAAGGGCAUCCGACCUCUGGAGACCGCCCACACUUUCCAAGCUUUCCCCUACCUGUACUGCAAGUGGACAGACAACUCGAAGCAGUCCAAAACGUGCCAACGUGCCUUCAAAACCCCGACAGAUCUUCGCAACCAUGUCUUCUUGGAUCACAUGAACCUUGCGACGAGCGAAACGCCGGGCCAUUACAAUCUGGACAAAGCCGAGUCACCGAUCCACACCUGCCUUUGGGACAACUGCACUAAAUUCCGUUCAUCUGGCCCCAGCGCGAACACUGCCAUGGUGGCAGGUCAUGUAUCUUCGCAUUUGCCCGAAGAAAGACCUGAAGACGCCGAAGCCCCAUCUUCAAAACGCCCCGUGCUCCAAGAGCGCAUCGUUCGUAAAUGGUUCUACCUGGACACGCCUGUCAAUGAGAGGGGAGAACCCGUCGGAGUGGCAUACAAGGCUGCAUUGGUCCUGCGUAACCUUGCAAGGAAUCUCCCCGACCGAGUCGCACAACAAUACGACGGCCUAUCAUGGAAGAAGGCCGUAUUCCUAAGCCAUCGCCCCAGGAUCGUCGAGAUCUGGGACCGUAACCGCUCACUCCGCAAGGAACUCACCGAGUUAAUCAUGAUCCUAGAAAGAGAGGAAUAUUACUGA